AUGACUGCCAGCUCCGGUCUACCCGGAUUUUGCGUAGUCUGCGAACAUGCCAAUAAUGAGCAUAGGCCCUAUUAUUGUACCGUUCCACGUUGCGGAAAGUUAUUCAUGGUCUGCCAUAUCAAAGCCCAUUCAGAAGUAGAUCAGCCUGUUUGGGUGCUUUGCUUGUGGUACCCUGAUCAUCCUUAUAGCUGCCCCAUUGACGUCACCAAUAUGCCUCGCCUGGAAAUUUAG